ACACAUUUCUCAGCAAAAGAAUGCAACAUUCAUUGACUUGCCUCUCCAGUCUUCCCCCAACUUACCAUAAGCUUUCAUUUGAAAACUGUUGCUGCCUGCAGCAACAUUUUUGUUUUAAAUUGGAACUAUCCAGAAUUCGGUCAUGCUAUGACUCUAAGUUGACUGCUAGCAAUGAAUUUGUUUUGGUCAAUUUGCUUGUGAGCUUGAAGGGUGUAGUGGAGAUCAACUAGUACUUAUGAGGGAUAUUCAAGUGCAUGUGCAUGAUUGAAGAGGAUGGCCAACAUGGAGCGAGUGAGUUCAACUUUCAUGCGUUUGUUUCUUCUUUGGACAAUUUUGGUGCAUGGCUUGGUGCUCAAGGUUUCUGGCAACGCAGAAGGUGAUGCCCUGAUGGCAUUGAAGAACAAUAUGAAUGAUCCUGAAGAUGUUCUUCAUUCUUGGGAUGCUUCCAUUGUCAAUCCUUGUACCUGGGUUCAUGUUACUUGCAACCAUGAAAAUAGCGUGACCCGUGUUGAUCUUGGAAAUUUAAAGCUCACGGGCCAACUUGUUCCUCAACUUGGAGAACUCCCAAAUUUGACUUCCUUGAAACUUGAUGGUAAUAAUAUAUCUGGAACAAUCCCAGAUGAGCUUGGAAAUUUGACAAACUUGGUGAACUUGGAUCUUUACAUGAACAACAUUAGUGGUCCCAUUCCGGAUAAAUUGGCCAACCUUAAAAAACUACGUUACCUGCGUCUCAACAAUAACAACUUGUCAGGAAAAAUUCCUAUGAGUCUGACCAAUGUUUCUCUACAAGUGCUUGAUUUAUCGAACAACAACUUAGAAGGAGAUAUCCCAUUCAAUGGUUCCUUCUCAUUUUUCACUCCCAUCAGUUUUGAGAAUAAUACUUUAUUGAAUCAGAUCCCUCGUGCUCCACCAGCUCCUACACUGCAACAAAAUCCUCCAGAUAAAGGUAUCAGAGCUAUAGGAGCCAUAGCUGGAGGAGUUGCUGUAGGUGCUGCACUGUUGUUUGUAGCCCCGGUAAUUGCAUUUGUUUAUUGGAAAAGAAGGAAGCCACAAGAUGAUUUCUUUGAUGUUGCAGCUGAGGAGGAUCCGGAAGUUCACCUUGGUCAGCUUAAAAGGUUUUCACUACGUGAACUACUAGUUGCAACAGAUGGCUUUAAUAACAUUCUUGGUAGAGGUGGAUUUGGCAAGGUUUAUAAAGGACGCUUAACAAAUGGUGAGCUAGUAGCAGUAAAAAGACUUAAAGAGGAACGCACACAGGGUGGGGAGUUGCAAUUUCAAACUGAAGUGGAAAUGAUCAGCAUGGCUGUGCAUCGAAAUUUGCUUCGCUUGCGUGGCUUUUGUAUGGCACGUACUGAACGCUUGCUUGUGUAUCCUUUCAUGGUUAAUGGAAGUGUAGAUACAUGUUUACGAGAUAGACCAAAAUCAAAACCACCACUUGAAUGGCCAAUACGGAAGCGUAUUGCUCUAGGAGCUGCUAGGGGACUUGCUUAUUUGCAUGAUCAUUGUGACCCAAAGAUUAUUCAUCGUGAUGUCAAAGCUGCUAAUAUAUUGUUGGAUGAUGACUUCGAACCAGUUGUUGGAGACUUUGGUUUAGCAAAGCUUAUGAAUUACAAAGAUACUCAUGUUACCACUGCUGUACGUGGUACGAUUGGCCAUAUAGCACCAGAGUAUCUAUCAACCGGAAAGUCUUCUGAGAAAACUGAUGUAUAUGGAUAUGGUGUGAUGCUUCUUGAAAUAAUAACUGGACAGAGGGCUUUUAAUUUGGCACGACUCGUCGUCGAUGAUGAGAUCAUGUUACUUGAUUGGGUGAAAGUAGUUCUGAAAGACAAGAAGUUGGAUGCACUUGUGGAUGCAGAUUUAAAGGGAAAUUAUGAUGGGAGGGAAGUAGAGGAGGUAAUCAAAGUGGCCUUGCUAUGCACACAAAACUCCCCUUUGGAUAGACCCACGAUGUCUGAGGUGGUGAGAAUGCUAGAGGGUGAAGGUUUGGCAGAAAAAUGGGACCAAUGUUGGCAGAAAGAGGAUAUGAUCCAACAAAAGUCCAAACCCACCAAUCUCCACACUAAUUAUUGGCCAUUCCCAUUUGAUUCACCAUCAACUUCAACUUCUAGUAUUCAACCAGAUGAACUGUCAGGCCCUAGAUGAUCUUUGAACAGAGAGAAACAUUUUAAAUAUUGAGGUGUUUAGCAAAGGAAGAAAUUCUUUGUAGAAACAAAUAGUUUCUCUUAAAGCUCUGCAAAAUGUUGGUUUGGUGCACUUUAGCGUGCCAUGCCGUGGUUUAAUAAUAUAUAUAGUUCGUGUCUAAUUAAGUAUUUCUAAGUCUUUGAUCACUGUUACUAAUUCACUACAUGUUCAGUGAGUGUUACAUAGGGGCCAGGUUAUAGUAGUGUCAUAUAUAAAUCUACACUGGUCAUUGUGUUUUGUAUAUAAUGUGAUUCAUGAAACAACCAGUUAAAAGUUAAAAGGAGAUGUCUGAUUCGAUGGGUAUUAAUAUUAUUUACACCAUUUUGUAUU